AUGGCGCCCGUCACCCUGCCACCGUCCUUCUACUCGUCGUUCUGGACACCAGACUACCGAACCGGCCUCGACGUCCUCUUCCGCCAGCUUGAAGCCGGCGUGAUUGACAACAAGGACAUCUCGGCGUUCAUCGAGGCGAGUACACUCUCCCAAGCGAGGGCCAACCACGGCCUGGCCGUCUCGCUCCUCGAGCCGCCCCUGGGCGCCAACCGCGCGUCCACCAGCUCGCUGCAACACACCCUCUUGUCGCUGCGCGCCGCUAGCAGCGCGCGCGGCGAGGCGUACCGCGCCCUCGCGCUCGAGCUCGAGGAGCACGUCCUCCUGCCAUUCAACGGCUGGCGACAGCGACACGAGGACCGCAUCGCCGCCGCCCGUGAUGACCUGCUGGGCCGUGGCGGCGUCGUGGGGUCAUGGGAGAAGGAGGUGCACCGCCUCAUGGGGGCCCGGCAGACAUACCAGCACAAAAGCCGUCUGGCCGACGACAGCGAGGACGAUGCAAAGUUCUCCACUGGCGCCGGUGCUCCAGACUCGUACACCCAGUCGCCGCCGCCAAAGCACGCCACCCUCAAGCGCUCGGGCACUGUCGCAGACCGGAUCAGCGAGAAGCUGCGCCUUGCCAGCGCACACUCGCGUUCGUCGUCCGUUGACGCUGCCAGCCUCAGGAGCCCUCCCUCGGAGCCUCUGUCGCCCACCAAGCAGUCGUCCAAGCCGCAGCCCCCGCGUCUGCAGACCAUCACCCAGGGUGCGGCCCAGCAGAACAAUGGCGCUGCCGACUCGCCCUCGUCCCCAACGCAGGAAGACGCGUUCAUCCCCCCAGAGGACCCCCACGGCCUGCCUACCAUGGACGCUCCCCCCGUUCCAGGCAAGGACGGUCUUUUGCCUCCCAAGAAUGCGCCCGAGCAGGUCGUGCUCUUCUCGGGCAUCUCGCUGUCCGCCCAGGCGUUCAAGGACCUUUUGACCCGGUUUGACCAGUACCUCGAGACCCACGCCGCGCUCGGUUUCCCUCUCCAGGGCGAGCUCAACACGCGUGCCGUUCUUGCCAGCCGCGAGCGCAACACCAUCAUUGGCGUUUAUCAAAAGACGUUUUCUGGUAUCGAGGUUGUCGAGUGGCUGCGCAAGAACGUCGAGGCGUUUGGCAGCGAGUGGGACCGUUGCAUCGACGCCGCCACCGAGCUGCACCGUACCGGCCACCUGAGCCGCAUCGGUGUCGGCCGUGGCUUUGAGCCGUCCGACGACACCUUUUACGUCCUCAAGGUCAUCCCCAGCGAGGCCAUGUCCCUCAGCACGCUCCAGAACUCGUUCAAGGAGAUGAACAUUGGCUCGCACAUCUCGUCGCCCAUCAGCGCCAACACCACCUCGCACUACACCUCCAUGCUCCGUUCGUACAUCCCCGCGUCGCUGGGUCCCUCGGACGAGCCCAUGUACAUUCGUCUCCGCCGUGACGCCAACAGGGCCAACGAGGCCUACCACGCCAGCGUCGCUUCGAGCGAGGAGAGCCGUCUGGACAUGGAGCAGCGCAUCGAGCGCGGCCUCCGUAUCUGGGAAAAGUGGGAGCGCGAACGUCUCAGUGUCGUCCGCACUGUGCUCAAGCACUACGAGGAGACCCUCGCCAAGCUCCCCAAGCGCAUCGCCGACCUCCAGGAGGGCACCGCCCUCGCUGUGGAGGCGUUCAACCCGGACGCCGAUCUCAAGGCACUCAUCGAGGGCAGCCGCACGGGUCCCUUCCGGCCCCGUCCGCACAUCUUCGAGUCGGUCGAGUCCGAGGUCCCCAGCGUCAACUUUGGUAUCGACCUGCGUCGUUGGGCCGGAGACACCGCGUGGAGGGCCCUCGUCACCCAGCCCCAGAGGCCCAAGGACGCCAUCCCGGAUGUCCUCGCGGCGCUCCUCCAGGCCUCAACCGAAAUAGACGCCGACAUUGCCACCGAAGAGCGCCGCAAGUCGUGGCUGUACGAGGUGCCCCUGUCGGAAACUCACCAGCUGCGCAAGGUCAUCAACGACCCGCACAUGACUAUCGAGGCCAUUGUCGAGGCGGCCAAAAAGUUCAACCCCCCCAUUGUCGCCGGCACGGUCAAGCUCUGGUACCUCGAGCUCAACCCUCCCGUUCUCGGAUGGGAGGGCUGGGAGGACGCCAAGGCUAUUUACCCGUCCAUCGGCGCCGACCAGGAGCGCGACAUGACGUCGGCCGUUACCUCUGUCAUUGAGCGUCUCCCUGCCUGCCAGCUGUUCAGCCUCAACGCGCUUAUCAAGCACUUUAAGGACCUCAUUGCGUCCACAAAGUCUGAGACUGAGGACGACAACGUCUACGUUACCAAGCUUUCCCUCUCCACCGGUCGCUGCCUCCUGCGUCCCCAGUACGAGACCGAGCUCACGAUCCAGGACCGCACCCCUGGCCUGUUCCUCGCCGACCUUAUCGAGCACUACGACCAGGUCUUCCCGGCCCUCCUUGAGAAGAAGAAGGUCCAGGUCGACCGUCCCAUGCCCCACCGCAAGCGUACUGCCCUUGUCGACCAGCGCAUCUCCCGCAGCAGGCUGGACCAGUCGGGCGCCUCCCUCAACCCCCAGGAGCUCCUUACCGAGCAGGUGCGCGCCACCGCGCCGCGUCCCGAGUCCAUCCCCCAGGCCCCGCCUGCCAUCCACACCGGCGUCACCCUCACGGACGGCCCCGCCCCGGCUGGCGUGACCCUCUCGGACGGCCCUCCAAAGUUUGUCUCUCCUCCUCAGAGUCCCACCGAGUCGACCCCAAGGGCUGCUUCGCCCAUCAGCCCCGCCAAGGCGCCCGUGGAUGACGGCGCCGCAGACUCUGACGACGACGAGCCCGCAUUCGAGCCGCCCUCCGAGACGCCCUCCGCCACCCUGCCCGCACUCGCCGCGGCCGCUGCAGGCGGCGACGACGCCCUCACCACUGCCGCCGGCCUCAAGCGCAGCGGGUCGCAGGAGACGUCGCGCCUGCGUGGUCCCCGCGGCGCGCGCGGUCCCCGCCCGUCUGCCAGCCACGUCAAGAGCGGGAGCGUGAGCAAGAUGGCGCAGCAGUUUGAGGGCAAGUAG